AUGCGCUCCAUAUUCAUCAUUGCACUGGCAUCCCUCGCCCGCAUGACGGCCUCUGCACCCGGGGCAGCUAAAAGCGAUCAUACCGUGGAAAUCGUCCAGCAGCGAGCAGAGCAGUCCAUUGCGGUUCCCCAAAAGGAGGUUGAGCUUCAGAGCGUCGAGAUCCGCGACUGGGAACCUCCGAAAGUGCCAAAGACACAGCCCUCUCAGGGACAGCCCAAAACCGGACAGAGCCCGAAAAAUUCCGGAACAGGGGCAGGGUAUGGAGAUAUGCCCUCGGCUGGCUCAUGCCUGGUCAGCUUAAUCAACAUUGAGGUCUUUGCUGUGGCUGCCGGUGUUGCUAUGGCAACCUAUGUGUUUUAG